AUGUAUCUCAUGCCAUUAGGAGGAUCGAUCACGCAAGGCGUCGGAUCUUCGGAUCUUAACGGCUAUAGAAAACAUCUUUUUGAGAUGAUCCAGUCCUGCAGCUGUGAUAUCCGCAUGGUGGGAUCACGAAAGACCGGUUCUAUGGAAGGCAAUGAGCAUGAGGGAUGGCGUGGGUUCAGACUCGAUGAGAUCGAGAGGAAAGCCAAGAAGUCAGUCCCUAAGUUCAAGCCAGAUAUCUUCACGGUCAAUGCCGGAUCCAAUGAUUGUAUCCAGAAGUUUGAAAUUGAAGCUUUUGGGAAGCGCAUGGGCGCCAUGCUUGAGUAUCUUUGGCGAUCAUCUCCUGGUUCGACUGUUAUCCUAUCGACGUUGCUGAUCAACGCGGACCAAGAAACGAAUUCACAGGUCCUACGUGUCAACGACCAGAUUCGGGCCUUGGUUGAGCAACAAACCGCCGCCCAGAGCAGGAUUGUACUCGCGGACAUGUAUACCAAUAAAGGACUUAGACUUGAGGAUCUUGUCGAUGGUACGCACCCGGGUGAUGCGGGUUACAGAAAAAUGGCCGAGAUUUGGCUCGGUAGCAUCCAAGAGGCCGCCGUGAAAAACUUCCUCAAAAAGCGUGAAAAUUAG